AUGACAGCUACUACUCCAUUGGCCCUUACCACUACCUUCUCACCACCGCCAGAAUGUACCACCGACACAUGGUACAUUGAGUAUGUAACAGGCGAAUACUACUACACCACUUCGAUUUCAAACAGCCUCGAGGGCUGGUAUCUCAGCCAGGGGCCGACGGACUGGAGAAGCUGUUUCCCCUCCGGAUAUGAGGCAAAGACCGAUUUUUACUACUCACCAGGCGUGUGUCCAUCAGGCUAUUCCAUAGCCAGCUCGUCGGUUCUUAGUAUUGGAGUUAGUUCAGAGACCCGGGCAACCUGCUGUCCAUCGAGCUUCACUGCCCAAACGGAUGACGGUAUGGUGUGGUACUCGACCAACCGAUGCUUUUCGGGUAAUACCGAUACGGCCCAUGCAUGGACUUUCACCAAAGGGGGAACGAUAUCUAGCAAAACAACCGCUGGUGGACUGAAUGCCAAGGCGGUUUUUAUUCGAUGGCAAGAAACCGACUUCCAGACGCCGGCUACCACCACCGCCACCACCACAGACUCGACCGCGACCAGCACGGGAUCGAGCCUAGGACCAUCGGCUACGGCGACAACCGCGGCCGCGGCCGCUGACCAGAGUAGCGAUUCAUCGCAAGGAGGGUCUUCAAAGGCAUGGAUUGCUGGGCCAGUCAUCGGAGCUGUGGUUGCGUGUGCUUUGAUCGCGCUCGCCACCACAUGGUAUAAUCGGCGACGCUGGCAUCAAAAAGGUUCUACGGGAUCCUAUUAUUCGCCACAACGUCCGCAUCAUAUGGCAGAACUUUACCAAGAACCCAAGGUGGUUGAAGCCCCAUCCGGGGCCAUUCAGCCAGGACCAAUCGAACUUCCUGCCGCACACCAUCGAUGA